CCUCCGUGAUGAAGGAGCCCAAUUUACAAAGUGUUUGUCUCAGCCAGACAAACGAGUGGCUCGCUUAUUAUCGUAAACAACCCUAUGGUGCGUUUGGGUCCUUGUUUCUAUGGGGUUUGUGAUGAAAUAGCCAUUAUUUUCGAACCAAAUAGGCCAUACAAUUCGAAAAACAAUUCAACAAAUAGCAUAAAAUAAUCGAUUGAUCGCAGCUGUAUUAGAAGUGGGGCGAAAUGUGGCAUUUUGAGCCAAACUUUGCACUUUCGUUUCCGUCGAGACAAACCUUUCAGAAGAGUCGCCUAGGCAACGCGCACGUAAAGCGACGGCGGCGGUCGUAAAAAAAAAACCGACUGUUGAAAAGUGGAAAGAAAACCCAUUGUGGUUGGAGACGAGCGGAGUAGUGAUCCGCUACUCGGACGAUAAGCGCGGAUAACACGCACGUUUCUCGUCACCCCCUUCCCCCCCGCACCUUCCUCGUCAAGGCACUCACGCUGCGCGGACAUAUACGGACGCCAACGCGCCGCACCAGUGCUCGGCUCUUUUUUUUGUGCGAGGAAGACCCCUGAGGGGUCGUGACAGGAAGAGUUAACAUUCGACAUCCCAACUGUUUAUCUCGGCGGCUAGCAGGCUAGCUGGCUACCUGCACGGGGGAGCCGCUCACUGGGAGAACGGGAGAAGCUCGCGUGUUGUGCUCGAUGGGAGCCGACCUACUAGAAACUGCCUUUUUUGUCACAUUAUUUUGGAAAAAACAUUUGUUGUUGCCUUUUUGUCACCCACAUCACUCCAAGUCUCAACUUUGAAGAAUGACCGUGUGAGAGCCGAGCGCCCGUAUUGUUGUUUCUCCACUUAAACCAGAAAGAGGUAAAAGUCACACAGGAUUGCUGGUUGAAGGUCGCCCAUAAACAGGAAGCCUGGUUCAACAUGACUCACCAGCCACUGCUAGCGACUGCCAACCUUGUUACAGCUUGUGGCUCUAGAUGCCAACCUCAUUCACCAUGACAAAGAGGCAUUGAAGUCAACUCUCUGACAACCAUCUGGAUACCUCUUGAUCCGCCAGAUCCCUCGAGACCACCCUUUCCCUGCUCCGCCCUUUCUCCGCCAUGCUGCGCUUCCUGCCUCUCAAACUUGGCCGCCUGUACCGCUGUCUGAAGCUCCUUUUUGUGGUGGGACUGUUUGUCAUCUUGCUGAUGAACACCCACAACCUGUUUGCCUCUUUUCAGAAGAACGAGCUCACGGACCGACGCUUCAUCAACCUCAACAAGUGUCCUGCCUGCUUCGGCACGAGUUGGUGCCGCAAGUUCAUGAACGGGCAGGUUUCAUUUGAGACGUGGGGGCGCCUGCGUUUUCUCGACAUCUUCAACGUCAAGAAUGUUUAUUUUGCCCAGUACGGGGAGCCUAGGGAGGGCACGCGUCGCAUCGUAUUGAAGCGGCUCGGCUCCAACCAGGAGCUGGCCGAGAUAGACCAGAAGAUCUGCAAGAGGGCCACGGGGAGGCCGCGCUGCGAUCUUAUCCAAGCGAUGUACAAAACUGAAUUUGCCAGGAUCAAUGGCGACGUUCGUCUACUUACUCCAGAGGUGGUGGAAGGUUGGUCAGACCUGGUACACUGCCCCUCUCAGCGGCUGCUGGACCGUGUGGUCCGACGGUAUGCUGAGACCAAAGACUCUGGGAGCUUCCUACUCAAGAACCUUAAGGACACUGAGAGAAUGCAGCUCCUCAUGACCUUGGCGUUCAACCCAGAGCCACUUGUCCUGCAGAGCUUUCCAUCGGAUGAAGGGUGGCCAUUUGCCAAGUACCUGGGGGCGUGUGGCCGCGUGGUGGCUGUCAACUACGUGGGCGAGGAGCUGUGGAGUUACUACAAUGCGCCCUGGGAGAAGCGCGUGGACCUGGCGCGGCAGCUGAUGGAUAUCGCCGAGCAACUGACCAACAACGACUUCGAGUUUGCCCUUUACCUGCUCGAUGUCAGCUUCGACAACUUCGCCGUCGGCCCCCGCGACGGGAAGGUCAUCGUUGUUGACGCCGAGAAUGUUCUUGUGGCCGACAAGCGACUGAUCAAGCAGAACAAGCCGGACAGCUACGACGUGUGGUACGAGAGCCGCUUUGAGGAGUGCGACCGCGAGGCCUGCCUGUCGUUCUCCAAGGACUCCUUGUGCUCCCGGGUCACCGUGGACCACAACUACUACGCCGUGUGCCAGAACCUGCUGUCCCGCUACGCCACGUGGCGGGGCACCACCGGGGGCCUCCUCCACGAUCCUCCCGCCAACGUAGCCAAAGACGGCCAGCUGGAGGCCCUGCUAGACGAGUGCACAAAGCCCAAGAAGCGCUACGGCCGCUUUCAGGCGGCGAAGGAACUGCGCGAGUACCUCAUGCGGCUGUCGGGCGCCUCCUCGCCGGCCAGGUAAUUAACGGAGUUGGCGUCAGCCCGACGCGCCCGAGAGACUGGAUCUUGGACCUGUUGAGAAGCUCCAAACUCUUGAGAUCCUUGAUGUCAUUAGCACUCCUUUUGCACAGGAGCAGGAAGGCGUCCUGAAUUCCUGCGUUAGGAAGAUCCUUCAGUUUUAUCGAUUGACUGAGUGACUUUGCUGCUGCCUGAAAAUAGGAGUGGGCCACUAAUGAGAUUCUGCUGGGAACCAGAAUGCAGACGGGGGGGGCAGGAUAGGAAUCGCAAGCAACCUCUUCAGAUGGUUGCGCCAUCUUUCAAGGGAUAGUGGGGGGUUCUCGGAGCGACCACUUUGCACGCAGGCUAAUGCAACAUGUGCGACCAAGCGACGCUGACCCCCAACCCCCCCACCGCAACCAUAAGAACACUCUCAUCCCCCAUCUUGCCGCUUCAUUUCAUCAUUCUUUCACCACAACACUGAAUCAAACACCUAGGAAAGUUUGCCCUUGAGAUUUUAUUUGUUCAUCCCAUCUUUCAUUCACUCCUACAUUUGUCGAUCGGUGCCUUUUACAGUUUUGCUGCACCGUUUUUUUUUGUUUUUGUUCCCCCACCCCCUCUCCGUAGCAUGCUGCUAGGAAUGCAGAGGUAGCAUGAAUCUCCGUUGUCAGGUGGACCUGAGAUGGCCCCCCUCUGUGAUAGCUUGAAUGAGUCUUAAUAGUUCGCUGCUCCAAUCAAUCACAUCGUUUUGCAGGGUCUGUCACUGUUGAUGCAAUCAUCUUUUUUUUUUUUUUUUUUUUUCUACCAUCCCCUUCAAUAAUAGGAAUCAGUGCGGAUAGCAGAUGCCCACAUAGGAAAAAGGCGGUCGGUAGACAUUCCUGUGUCGAUGAUAACGGCGAUGUACCAAAGAGGCUGACGGUGAAAUUAAGGACAGUGCAAAGUGAUGAACCCCUUUUUUUGUAAACUUGUUCUAAAAUACAUCUACAGUUUUUUUUUUUUUUAAACUACUUAACCAUUUCCGCAAAAUCGUGGCCAGCCCUGUCAUCGACAGGUGUGUCAUUUACUUGGAACAAAGACGAAAUGUUGGAACCGUUAUUACCUCAGGUCAUGGUGGCUAUCCAUUCUCCGUUCACGCAAAUUGUUAGAAACCAUUUCGACCCAGCUGCUUCCUGAGGUACCCCCCGGAGUAUGGUGUCAUGGAAAAAAAUUAGAUUUGUCUUAUUUUUAAUGCCUGACUCAAGUAAAGGUACACUUAUUUGAACAAAUAUAAUAAGUACAACAAGAAAUGUCUCACAAGAGUGAGUGUUAAACGGCUGAUAAAUCGUCAUUUUUAAUGGUUUUCUGAACCAAAAUCACUUGGAUUCGAAUUAACCGUCAGAACGGACUAAAUUUUGGGGAGUCAGCUGUGUUUUUGUCGUGUUCAUUGUAUUCUUCAGGUAAGUAUACCGUCAGUGGUAUCAGGCAUUAAAACAAAAUGUUGUAAAAAGACUUUUCCAUGACUGGGCAAAAGUUCCCUGCCCUUGUAGUACUGUAUAAAGUGACGGCGUCUUUUCCUGGCAACUUGUGAGCUCUUAUUUGAAGCCGCUAAAAGCUUUACAGUCCCUGUAAACUGAAAAUGCUUUUUUAACUGGACACGUUGGCAGAGUGUUGUUAACAAUCCUGCCAACAUUGACUGAUGGCAAAGGACAUUAAAGAGUCUUAAAAGUUGUGGGAAAACCCAUGCCUUUGCCGCCCGUCUCAAAUGUUGAGCAUGAAUGCGAGAAAGCACAUCUCUAUGAAUAUGGAUGCUACUCCAGCUAGCGUCUUUCUUAUGCUUUAUUAUAAAUUGGGUCUGGAAAAAUAUACAUAAAUCCAUAUUGUAAAUACCUGAUAUAUCGCCACAAUAAGGACGGCAGAGUUUUCAGUCUUGGCAGAGAUUCAUCUGAUGUAUUUGGUAACAGAGCUCGCAAUUCACAUUACAGGGUACAGCUCAGAGUACAUUUGACUGUUGCUAAUCAAAACAGCAGCGUUUAGAGGCACAUAGUGUGUCUAAAUUGUGGAGUCGUAAAACUGGUCCCGUUGUGUCGUAAUGUCAUACGUGAAGACGUGGUCUUUUUUUUUUUUUUUUUUCUGGCAACUAGUGUUCCAAUACGCUGAAAUGAUCAAUCCACAAUCUUGUGUGCGGUCGUACUGGUUCCACCCAUUCUGGCCCAGUUCUUACCAUUUUUGAUGCAUUAUUUUCUCGUUUUGUUUUUCGACUUUCACGUGACAAUAGACACCCCGCCCUCCCCCACCUGAGCAAACGAACGCCACCGUUUGCGUAAGCACGCUAAAGUUUCUCGUUUCGCCUCCCUACCAUUCUCCACCUCGCCCUUCACCGUAGGCGCUCUCUGUCUCGUUUCUCGUCAGCCCCCCUCCCCCCACCUCGAUGUCGUGAAUCAGACGUGUGCCCAUUGGAGUGUCGCGUAGCGCGGGUCCGACACGGAUCCAUUUUUCUAGAUGCCGUCACCCGUGACUGUUUUUGGAAAAGCAAUACAAAUGGGGAAAAUUAUUACUCUUUUUUUUUUUUUUUUUUUUUUUUUUUUUUUUGGAAAGGUUUGGCUCCUGGCUUUUUAAACACGCCUCUUUGUCGUCUGAUCCGUUCCCCUGCGACCCGGGGAGGUGACUUUCCCCACCCCACCCGCCCUUGGAGAAGUUUGUACGUGUCCGACCAACUGUCCACUUUUGUACUGUCAGUUUCCUUUUGAGUAUUAUAUCAGCCUUGUCUGAUUGUUCCUGUGCCUUUCAUUCAAAAGUUGUACUUACAACUUUUAGUGGAUUUAAUUAUUGAAAUAAAAGAAGAUAUCUAUAUAUAGAAAUUA